CAGAUCGAUUCUGGGGAGGGUGAGAAUACACAAAAAGUUUUCAGAGGGUGAAGACAAAAAUGAAAGUUAAUGUGGGUUGAAAUGUGCCCGCAACUGGGCCGUCUUUCAGUUCUACAAAUUGUAAGCUAUUGGAAGCGAGGAUGGUCGCAGAACCUGCCAGUGUUCGGCUGCCCAAAAUUUUGCCUGUUCGAUGAUUAUCAUCAGGGUUUAGUAGAUCUUCGAUGGUCCAGGCUCACUUGCAGAGAACGCCUCUUCGGGGCAAGACGACGCCUAUUCUGGCAUUGCCACAAUCUUCCCUAUGACGUGCGGAAUGGUAUGUAUCACGUGACAAGAAGGGCCCUUCCACCAUCCUUCACGGCAUCCCGGCUUUCCCUCCACAGCAGCAGCUGCCUGCCAGUAUCCCGGCACUAGCUGCUCGGCUUCCCGCACGUUAUCUGCCCGUCUAAUCCUCCAUUCUAUGACUCACCGCCCGUUCCAAUCUUUUUUCGUUUCCGAGCCGCCCUGGAAUGGCUCCGUUUAACCAACGGCAUUAAUUAGGAAAAAGACCGCCCUUUUGGGCCAGUUAUCGUAGGUACAAACCGUUAGUUUGUAUCUCUGCCGCAGUAUUCGCGCGUCCCAAUUGCGCGCAAUUGGGACGGCACGGUGCCACCAUCUCUGG